AUGUUUGAAAAGCCUGACAACGGCAUUUCAGACGCAAUCUACUAUGAUGUGGAGAAACACAACCCAGAGUUACGAAAAAAGCUUUAUUUCAACAUCUUUUUGUGCGGCGGCGGUUCAAUGCUGCCGUCGUUUGAAGAGAGGUUAGAUGACGACCUCAAAAGAUUGACGAGGAGAAAAGAAUAUAUUCGAGUCAAUGCUGCACCGCAUCGUCAAUGCAGUGCUUGGAUUGGUGCAAAUAUCUUAGUCAAUCGAAUGCCGGACGUUCUCAAGAAAUUAUUGGUCACCAGAUCGGAAUAUCAGGAAGAGGGUGCGAAAGGAUUCGAAAGGAAACUAUCCCAUAAAACUUUGGUUGAUUUCAAAUGCAAAUAA